AUUCCAUCCCCUUCUGCCAGAUUCCAUCCCCUUCUCCCAGAUUCCAUCCCCUUAUCCCAGAUUCCAUCCCCUUCUCCAGUUCCAUCCCUUCUCCCAAAUCCCAUCCCCUUCUCCCUGAUUCCAUCCCCUUCUCCCCGAUUCCAUCCCCUUCUCCCAGAUUCCAUCCCAUUCUCCCAGAUUUCAUCCCUUUCUCCCGGAUUCCAUCCCCUUCUUCCCGAUUCCAUCCCCUUCUCCCAGAUUCCAUCCCUUCUUCCAGAUUCCAUCCCCUUCUCCCAGAUUCCAUCCCCUUCUCCCUCAUUCCAUCCCUUCUCCCAGAUUCCAUCUCCUUCUCCCAGAUUCCAUCCCCUUCUCCAGAUUCCUCCUCUUCUCCCAGAUUCCAUCCCCUUCUCCCAGAUUCCCUCCCCUUCUCCCAGAUUCCAUCCCCUUCUCCUAGAUUCCAUCCCCUUCUCCCAGAUACCAUCCCCUUCUCCCAGAUUCCAUCCCCUUCUCCCAGAUUCCAUCCCCUUCUCCCAGAUUCCAUCCCUUCUCCUAGAUUCCAUCCCCUUCUCCCAGAUUCCAUCCCCUUCUCCCAGAUUCCAUCCCCUUCUCCCAGAUUCCAUCCCCUUCUCCCAGAUUCCAUCCCUUCUCCCAGAUUCCAUCCCCUUCUCCCAGGAUUCCAUCCCCUUCUCCCAGAUUCCAUCCCCUUCUCCCAGAUUCCUUCACUUCUCCCUGAUUCCAUCCCCUUCUCCCAUAUUCUAUCCCCUUCUCUCAGAUUCCAUCCCCUUCUCCCAGAUUCCAUCCCCUUCUCCCAGAUUCCAUUUCCUUCUCCCAGAUUCCAUCUCCUUCUCCCAAAUUCCAUCCCCUUCUCCCAGAUUCCAUCCCCUUCUCCAGAUUCCAUCCCCUUCUCCCAAAUUCCAUCCCCUUCUCCCUGAUUCCAACCCCUUCUCCCCGAUUCCAUCCCCUUCUCCCAGAUUCCAUCCCCUUUUCCCAGAUUCCAUCCCCUUCUCCCAGAUUCCAUCCCUUCUCCUAGAUUCCAUCCCCUUCUCUUAG